CGCUUGCCCAUGCCCAUGCCCAGCAAGGAAAGCCGCACUCCCUCCCACGGUUAUGGCGGAGCGCUCAACCUUAGUGGCGAACCGCAAUGGAUGGCCGGUCGUCGUCACGGGGACGCGUCGCCACUCGGCACUCGCGCAUCCACAAGACGUUUGCCCCAUAUGCCCAGAGCUGAGCAUCGGACAAGAGCACUAUAAAAGCCACUUCCCGUGCCGUGCUCGCCUGGCCGCCGCGGGCACGGAACCGACCGCACUAACCACACUCGUCUCGCUCCAUUGGCCUCCUCGUCGACGUCCUCGUCUCCCCCGGGAAGCAGAGCGCCGUCGAUCAUGGCGGCCUGGGCUGCCAUGUCCGCCGCCGUGGCGCUGGCGCUGGCGCUGCUGGCGGCCGCGGACUCGUGGCUGUACGAGGAGUUCGCCACGGAGGGCAACGUGCGCGCGGGCUACGACGCGCGGGGGCAGCAGGUGGCGUCGCUCCUCCUCGAUCGCCAGUCCGGCUCCGCCUUCCGCUCCCGGCGCAGCUACCUCUACGGCCAGUUCAGCGUCCAGAUCAAGCUCGUCCCCGGCAACUCCGCCGGCACCGUCGCCUCCUUCUACCUGUCGUCGGGCGAGGGGCCGGGGCACGACGAGAUCGACAUGGAGUUCAUGGGCAACAGCACGGGGCAGCCGGUGGCGCUGAACACCAACGUGUGGGCCAACGGCGACGGCAAGAAGGAGCAGCAGUUCUACCUCUGGUUCGACCCGGCCGCCGACUACCACACCUACACCAUCAUCUGGAACGACAGGAACAUCAUCUUCAAGGUGGACGACCUCUUCCUCCGCUGCUUCACCCGCCACGCCGACCUCCCCUACCCGGGCGCCAAGCCCAUGGCGGUGCACGCCACGCUCUGGGACGGCAGCUACUGGGCGACGGAGCAGGGCAGGGUGAAGGUGGACUGGUCCGCCGCGCCCUUCGUCGUCUCCUACCGCGGCUACCUCGCCGACGCCUGCGUGCCCGCCGGCGACGGCCGCCAGCUCUCCUGCCCCGCCGGCACCGACCGCUGGAUGAGGCGGCAGCCCAGCGCGGCCGAGCAGGGCACCGUCGCCUGGGCCAGGAGGAACUACAUGCACUACGACUACUGCCAGGACGGCUGGCGGUUCCCGCAGGGAUUCCCCGCCGAAUGCUCCCGCGGCUGAUGACCGACUGAUUCGUCGCCGUCGUCCCUGCGUGCUCAUUGUUGUUCUGAUUGGCCUGUGGUUUCUUGGUUCACCUCAUCUGAUCUGCCAUUUUGCCUCACAUUCCCAUGUACUGUUCUUGAUCUCCUACCGGCACCUGCACAUGGUGUAAGUCUCGGCCAGGUACAAACGAAGCAUAAACAAUACCCUGGCUGUCGAUUGACUCUUGAUCUGAACAAUUACAGAUGAUGUAUGGUAGAUGCGGUAAAACUUGUUUGGCGGCAUUUUUGCACACGCUAUUUUUUCACUCGGUUGUUUA